AUGCCCGGUUUGUUGCGAAAGUUCAUCAUCUUCGCAGCCGUCGACGGGCUCAUCCUCCAGUCUCAUGGAAAUGGGUUGCGCCAUAACGGUAAUAGCGAGCCCUCGUCCAUUAAAAUUGAUUACAAGACCAGCAAAAUCUCCUUCCCGGCACCCACGUCGGAACAGUACGAGCGAGACGCGAUCUUGGAAUCUUAUGGUCUAGUCGGGCUCCUGUCUGUCGCCUCACAUUCGUUCCUCAUUUCUAUAACGCAACGCCAGCAAGUGGCGCAGAUCCAAGGGAAGCCGAUCUACUCAGUCACCGAUGUGGCUCUGAUUCCCACGUCAUCGCAGGUAGACGCUCGCUGCGCGAUUGUGCAGGCCAAAGAGCAUCUUCUACAAGAGGAGGCUGGCGAGGAUGACACCACUUCGGAGGAGAGCCUUUCGGACGCAGAGUCAGAAGGGGGUGUCACCGAUAUCAGCAGCAUACCCUCCUCCCCGGUCCGAGAAACAUUUCAUAUUAGAAGCCACAGCGUCAACAGUAUCGCUGAAGAUGUAAUCGGGAAGAAGGCUCGGUUCGGGCGGUUUGCGGUAAAUUGGCUGUCGAGGAAGACCUUGGGAUUGCCUGGCCUCGGUACAGUAAGUCAGGAUGCAGAAGUUCUUGUGGGAAAUACGACGGAUUCGAACAAGGAGCGCCCGGGGAUUUCGUAUAGCAAAGAGGAAAGCGCAGUAACCUCGGGUCCGGAAGCUAAUGAUACUGAGCGUUCAGCGCCGGAGGCUCCAGGAGAGCAGUCGCCUUCUGAUCCGACGGUCGGACUGCUACCGAAACUUCUGCGGUAUACCAAACUGAUCUUUGCGUCACAUAAUUUCUUCUUUGCAUAUGAUCACGAUUUGACCAGGCCAUUUGGUGUUCAAGAGUCAUCACGCAAAGACCAUCUACCUCUUCACAAAGCAGUAGAUGAACUGUAUUUUUGGAAUAAGCAUCUCAUCAAUCCUGUCAUAGCAAUCGAUGCCCACAACUUCGUGCUACCUCUCAUCCAAGGAUUUGUGGGCCAGAGAGAGUUCACUGUGGAAGCUACACCCGAGCAUCCACCGACUCAGAUAGUUGACUCGGCCAAAGAGCGCGUGGAAGGUCAUAUUUUAGGCGAUAAACAAGAGCCCAAUGUGUUUGAUACUGACGCUCAGAGACGAAACUUCCUCCUUACGUUGAUUUCCCGACGGUCAGUGAGGCGUCCUGGUCUGCGCUAUCUGCGGCGUGGUGUCGACGACGACGGCAAUACAGCCAACUGCGUGGAAACAGAACAGAUUCUCUCGACUCCAGAUUGGGAUCCCUCGAGUUCGGUCUAUUCCUACCUCCAACUGCGUGGGUCGGCUCCAUUGUACUUCUCCCAGUCGCCCUAUGCUUUUAAGCCAGUUCCAGUCCUACAUCACUCUGUGGACACCAACCGAUUUGCAUUUGAACGACACUUUCGCAAUCUACGUCGCCGAUACGGGAAAGUCCAGGCCGUUUCCCUCAUUGACAAGAAGGGUGGCGAACUGAAGUUGGGAGAACAGUACGAGAAAUACGCGCAGGCCUUGAAUGAAGCCGGAGGGAUUGAUGGCGAACCGCUCAGCGUAGAGUGGUUCGAUUUCCACAAUGAAUGCCGGGGGAUGAAAUUCGAAAAUGUAAGCCGGCUUGUUGAUCGGCUGGAGAGUACCUUGAACGACUAUGGCGAUACUAUAGUCCAAAACCAUGCCAUCCUCCAAAGCCAGAAAGGUAUUAUCCGCACCAACUGUAUGGAUUGUUUAGAUCGAACGGGUGUUGCGCAGUGUGCCUUUGGGCAAUGGGCCUUGGAGCGGGAAUUGAAGCACGAAGGCAUUGAUAUUGAUUUUCGUGGCGACUCGUCCACUCAGUGGUUCAACACGCUCUGGGCGGAUAAUGGCGACGCCAUCUCGAAACAAUACUCUUCGACAGCAGCGCUCAAAGGGGACUUCACGCGGACCCGCAAGCGGGACUAUCGUGGCGCGCUGAACGACCUGGGUCUAACACUGUCCCGAUACUACAACAACAUUGUCAACGACUAUUUCUCCCAGGCCUGUAUCGACUACAUGCUCGGGAACGUUUCCACGGGAGUAUUCCUGGAGUUCGCCACGGAGAUGCAGACCGCCGACCCGGGGAUCUCAGUGCAAAAGCUGCGCCAAAACGCCAUCGACACGAGUUGUCGCAUCGUGAUCAGUGGUCCCUCGGAGGAAUUCCUAGGCGGCUGGGCCAUGCUGACCCCACGGGAACCCAACACCUUACGAACACUCCCCUUCGAGGAGGCCGUCCUCCUUCUAACCGACGCAGCAAUCUACAGCUGCCGCUUUGACUGGACAAUCGACAAGGUCCUAUCCUUUGAACGGAUUGACCUACGCUCCGUCACACGAAUCCAGCACGGUACAUACAUCACAUCGACCCUGACAGACGCACAGACCGACGAGCGCCGCAACGUCGGACUUGUCAUCGGGUACCGCGACGGGGACACGAACGCACUUCGUGUGAACACGCGGUCCCUGCAGAGCAGCGUAGAUGCCAAAACCCUCGAGAGCACCGCCCACUCCAGCAGCGAAUGGGAUCUGUAUUCGUGGUUCAAAGAGGCUCUGGGACCCCGGACGCGAUUCCUUGCGUUCAAGACGCUACCAUUGUCCAACUCCGCCACGCAGACUCAGAAUGCGAAGGCUUGUACGGCGGCAGUCGGCGAGAUGGACUUUGUGCGCGCUGUCUGUGAGGAGAUUGAUCGUGCGAUUAGGGCAGGCGAGAGGGGGAGUUCGAGUCAGGAUGAGGGACGAAAGUCUGUCGUAGAAACGUCGGAGAUAGUGUCCUUGGAGGAUGCGAAGAAGCAAACGGGGUAUUUGGAGCACUUGGUAUAUGAUAUUAAGAAGAUGGUCUGGGCGUAG